GAAUUGGUUUUUGGACAAACUGAGAAAAAAGAAUAAGAAAAGAAAAGAAAAAUGUCCACAACGAAUGCAACAAUAAUUAGUCCGUUAAUUAAUAUUAAACAACAACAACAACAACAACAGAUAAUUAAACAAGAAAUAAUUAAAGAUGAAGAUGAUGAAUGUAUACGAUAUAUAUCAACAAGUGGUAUUAUCAGCAGUGGUGGUGGUGGUCAAAAUUUAAGAAAUCAAAAUAAUAAUGAUAAUAAUUCUUCAAAAGAAGAAUUAUCAUUAGAUGUUAGAAAUGGACAUAAUUAUACAGCUACCAUUAUAAAUAAAUCAUCAACUUCCAAUAACCAGAAUACCUCGCCGCAUCAACAACAACAACAUCAACAGCGGCAAACAUUAUUAUCACAUAGAGGUGGUAUAACAACAACAACAACAACUGCCAAUCAUCAAUCAUCAUCGAUUAAUAUAAAACGUAUUGAAUUUCCUAUUUCAAAACAUCAUCAUCAUCACCAUCAGAUUAAUACAACAACAACUCCGAAUACAAACACCACCACUACACAAACAACAUCGAUCAAUGUCGAUCUCUUCAAUGCAGCCGCAGCCGCCGCAGCAGCAGCCGCAAAUCUUCAUCAUACAGAAAAUCAUUCAUCAUCAUCACCACCACCAUCAUCAUCAUCACCAUUUAAUAUUGAUAAUAAUAAUGAUAAUCAUCAUCAAGAAAUGUUUUGCUCAAGUACUGUAUCCGGUGAUUUAAUAACAGGAUCGAAUACAACAACAUCUUCUUCAUCGACAACAAAUAAUACAAUCUGUUUGGAUACAACAAAUGAUUUAAUCAAUAAUAAUAAUAAUAAUAAUAAUAAGAUACGUGAUACAUCACCAAAACGUUUAUGUUUAGUUUGUGGUGAUACAGCAUCCGGUUUUCAUUAUGGUGUUGCAUCUUGUGAAGCAUGUAAAGCAUUUUUUAAACGUACAAUACAAGGUAAUAUUGAAUAUACAUGUCCAGCAACAAAUAAUUGUGAAAUAAAUAAACGAAGACGUAAAGCAUGUCAAGCAUGUCGUUUUCAAAAAUGUCUUCGUAUGGGUAUGUUAAAAGAAGGUGUACGUUUAGAUCGUGUACGUGGUGGUAGACAAAAAUAUCGUCGUACAUCUGAAUCACCAUAUAAUCAUCAAGGAUCACAACAAAAUAAUAAUAAUUAUUGUUUGAAAAAAUCAAAUAUUGAUGAUAAUCGUAUAAUUGCUGCAUUAAUAAAAUGUGAACCUGAACCGAUAAUAAGUAAUGCUAAUCUACAUUUAUAUAGUCCAAAUAGUUCAUCAUCAAAUAAUAAUGGUAUAUCAUCGGUAUCAUCAUCACAAUAUAAAAAUCUUUGUAUAUUAAGUGAAUUGGUUGAUAAAGAAUUAGUUGCAACAAUAGCAUGGGCUAAACAGAUACCUGGUUUUACUGAUCUUAUUUUAAAUGAUCAGAUGCGUUUAUUACAAUCAACAUGGGCUGAAAUAUUAUCAUUAUCGUUGGCAUUUCGAUCUCAACAAUAUAGUUCACCACCUAAUACACCUGCAUGUCUUAGCCCGAAUAAUGCAUCAUCAACAACAACAAAUUCAAUAUUUAAUAAAUUAGUAUUUGCAACAGAUUUUAUUAUCGAUGAUCAACAGGCUGCUCAAUGUAAUGCUGAUGAUUUAUUUGCUCAUUUAAUGCAAUUAAUUCGUCGUUUAAAUCAAUUAAAAAUUGCUAAAGAAGAAUAUUUAUUAAUGAAAGCAAUUAUAUUGACUAAUGCAGAUAUACAAUUAGAAAAUCCGGAAAGUGUCAUCAAAUUACGUGAUACAUUAAUACAAACAUUACAAGAUUGUGUAUCAAUAUUACGGCCACAAACAGCUAUUAAUCAUCUAAGUCAAUUAUUUUUAUGUUUACCAUUAUUACGUCAAUUGGAUAAUGUAACAAGAAGAUUAUGGUUAAAUAUUUUACAAGAAGGAAGUAUACCAAUGCAAAAAUUAUUUGUUGAAAUGUUAGAAUCAAAUGCUACAUUUUAAUUUAUAAUUGAUAAUUAAUAAUUCUGCCUAUUAUAUAUAUAGAAGAUUUAUAUUAUAACGGUACAAAACACACAUACACACACACAUUUAUAGUAUUUUUGGUUUGAUAACAUCAUCAAACAUCAAUUUAAUCAUCAUCAUCAUCAUUUUAUUCUGUUAAUUUUUUUUUCUUCUUCUUCUUCAUCAUUAUUUACAAAUAUUCAUACUGUUGUUGUUGUUAUUGUUAUUAUUAUUAUUAUUAUUAUCAAAAUUCUAUUCUUCUCAUCAACAACCUUGAUUGAUUGAUUGAUUAUUUUUGUAUAUUUUUUUUCAAAAAAAAAAGAAAAGUAACAUUAUUUUUUAGCUGUUCACAUCAUCAUUACCAUUAUUUUGGCUACAUCGUUACAUAGAUCACACACAAACAAACAAACAAAAAAUGUGUUCAAAACACUGGUUCAUUAUCUGUAUGUUUUUAUUUUACUUACCUAUUUCGUUUACAAUGUUAAUGAUUUUCAUUUUAGUCAUUCAAAAAAACAAAAAAUUCAUUUACCGCACACCUGAUACCUUAAUGACAAUCGUCUAAUAGAUACUUUUUGGUGAAUUUGGAACAAUAACCAGUGACCAGUGACCAGUGACAUAUAAAAGAAACCUUUGAACUAAUUUUGGCCAGUUGAUUGCCCGGUUGAUUUGUCAAAAACAAAACAGAAAAAAAAAUCAGGAAUUUUCUUCUUUUCUUUUCUUGUUGAAUUACUUGUUAACACUUCAUUGCCAUCAUCAUCACCAUUCUAUUCAAAAUUAAUUUCGUGUU